UGCUUUGGUCUUCAUGGUCGUCGUGGUCAUCAUGCCCAGCUGACUGCACAACACAAAAUCUACAGAGGAGUCAAUCGUGUCAAAAGCAUUCGGGGUAUAGUUGCGGAACAGCUCCGUCACAAUCCAUAUCCUGCCUUCAGAUCGGCUGUACAUCUUCCUCAGAAAGAAGCUUAAAUACACCAGACAACAGAACUUACGUCAGUCUGACAUCCAGUUGUUUACUAGCCGAGGGGAGGACAUUUCUAACCUUCAGAGCAAGAGCAAACAAUGACUUUCAGAUUGCCAUCGGUACCGACGAUUGUGACAACUGUGGUACACAUUAUGAAAUCAUUUUUGGGGGAUGGGCAAAUACCAGAUCUGUCAUCAGGUAUGGUAUAGGUGGUACUGAAUGUGAUUCAUAUUCCCAAACUAUUCUGAAUCAAACCUUCUUCGACAAUUUCUGGAUUUCAUGGGAAGGGAAUUAUAUCCAAGCAGGCGAGGGCGGUACGGUCGGCAUCAACAUAAUCUUGAAUUGUACUCGUUCCACUCCUUUUGAUGUCAAAUAUAUCUAUAUAAGGACAGGUUGGGGUUCAAGCGGUGAAUGGAGAUUUCCAAACGAUGUCGCGUGCACCCAUGAAUUAAACAGUAACGUGAACGUUUCCACAAGUUCUACAGGUUGUAAUGGAGUCAGCACUUACGGAUGUAACUCAGGAUACAAACAGGUUGCUGGGAACACACAACGCACAUGUUACGGAAAGUUCUGGACGGGAUACCCGUUUGUCUGUUCCGUGAAUAGUACAUUUGAUGAACAGAAUCAGAGCCCUGAUGUAAUUUCAAACACCAUUAUCAUCGCCGUCGUCGUCGUUAUUGUAUCUCUGUUGGUAGGAACCACUGUAUCCGUCCUAGUGUAUAAAAGAUUCAUCAAUCGUCAGAAUAAAGUUAGACGACUCGCUGUAAGCUCACAGGGCCAACAAAAUAAUUAGCCAAGCGUCUUUGUAAUGGGUUCCAUCAGUG